AGCUUAUCAAACUUAACCAACAGCAGCAAUUAUAAUUAAUUCAAUUCAAUUCAAUUUCGCGUCGCUAUCUCAACUAUUCUCUCUUCAGUAAAAAAUAAAAAUAAAAAAAUAAAACAAAAAUAAUUAUAAUUAUAGAAUAAAAUGGUUGUAUUAGCUGCUGCCGUCGUUACUAAAAGUGGGAAAGCUGUUAUUUCUCGACAAUUCCAUGAGAUGCAACGUUCUCGUAUUGAAGGACUUUUGGCUUCUUUUCCAAAGUUGACAAGUACGGGUCAGCAACAUACUACUGUGGAGACUGAACAUGUUCGUUUUGUUUACCAGCCUUUAGAUGACUUGUUUAUGGUUUUAAUCACAAACCGUCAGUCCAAUAUUUUACAAGAUAUUGAAUCCCUUCAUUUGUUUGCUCGUGUUGUCACUGACAUUUGUCGUUCUUGUGAUGAAACACAUAUUCUUCGUAAUGCUUUUGAGCUAUUAUGCGCUUUUGAUGAAAUUAUUUCAGUUGGCUAUAGAGAAAAUGUUAACUUAUCUCAAGUUAAAAGUUCUAUUGAAAUGGAAAGUCAUGAAGAAAGAAUUCAAGAAAUUAUUGCCAAGAAUAAAGAACAAGAAGCUAAGGAAGAACUUAAGAGAAGAGCUAAGCAAUUUGAGAUGCAAAGAAAAGAAGCUCAAAAGCGUGGUCAAGGAUUCAUGCAGGGCAACUUUAAUUCUAGCAGUAAUAUGAGCGGUUACAUGGGAGGAGGAUACUCUCCUUCUACAGAAUCUGUACCCUCUAUGAGAGAAUCUCCUUCAUCUUACAGUCGUUCUUCUUCAAAUGUACCUAGCUCAGCUUCUAAGGCUAAAGGUAUGCAAUUAGGUCGUAAGCCUAAAGCUGCCGAUUUAUUUGAAGCUAUUAAGCCUGACGUUGAAGAACCUCUUUUGAAUUCAUCACUUUCUUACAACAACCAAAGCUCUACUAGACAGCAUCAUGAAAGUGUUCAUGUUGAUAUUGAAGAACGUAUAACACUUAUUGCUAACAAAGAUGGUGGUCUAGAACAGAUGGACGUAAAAGGUAUUUUGACAUUAAAGAUUUCUGAUUCUUCAGCUGCACGUAUCAGUCUUGGUUUGAAGACAAGCGAUGAUGCUUCUAUUCAAUUCAAGACACAUCCUAAUGUAGACAAGAAUGCUUGGAAGGAAAGACAUGUUGUUCAAAUGAGAGAUUUAUCUCGACCAUUCCCUACAAAUCAAAGUUUGGAAGUUGUAAAAUGGAAAUUAUCUACUCGUGAUGAAACUAUGGUGCCUUUAACAGUUACAUGCUGGCCAUCACCAGCCGGAAAUGGUACUUGCGAUGUUAAUGUGGAAUAUGAAUUAGAAAAUGAUGAGUUAGAAUUACGUGAUGUUAUUAUUUAUAUUCCUUUACCUACUGAACCAACAGCAGAAGUGACACAAGUAGAUGGAAGUUAUUUUGUUGAUCGAUCUAGAAAAGUUCUUGAAUGGCAACUUCCUGUAAUCAACAACUCAAAUAAAUCUGGUUUAUUAGAAUGCAAUAUCCCUGGUGAUGAUGUUAAUAGUUUCUUCCCAGUUUCAGUAUCCUUUGUGAGCGAUAAACUAGUUUGUGGUGUUGAUGUAUUAACUAUUACUAAUACUGAAACUCAUUCAGAUGCUUCCUUUUCAAAGGAAGUAUUAUUGGCUACUGAUGAUUAUGUUAUUGGCUAAUCAAUCUAUCCCUUUUUUUUUGGAAAAAAAAAAAAAAGAAAAAGAAAAA